GAGGUUUGACUUUUUAAAGGUGAAGGCUGAAUGCAGACAACACGUAAACAAUGUAGGCUACCUAUAAUCAUUUGGACUCUUGGCCUUGUAAUCUUGCGUACACGAUGGCUAUAUAUCAGCUGCCGUUGACAGUCAUCUUUAUCACUGAACUAGUGAUACCGUUAGCAGAUGGAGAAAUACAUAGAACGACUUUAAAAACUGGUGCACCUAAUCGUUUCUCACAAGACGUGGCAAGUGAAACUCGAUCCGCGAUGUCGGAUCCUGCGGCUGAGAGAACGUUUUAUGAAGUAUUGUUCUUUUCUCUUGGCGGCGCUGUACUCGUUGGCCUUAGUGGUAUAUUUCCACUUCUUGUCAUACCAAUAGAAGCUGGUCCUGCAUUGAAACAUGGGGCUGCUGCAAACAAGCUAAAGUUGCUGUUAAGUUUUGCUGUUGGAGGUCUCCUAGGAGAUGUGUUUUUACAUCUACUGCCCGAAGCAUGGGCCACUGUGGAUAAAGAUGGUCAGCAUAACCACAGUGGACACACGACGAUUGGACUGUGGGUGUUAGCGGGGAUACUUUCAUUUCUCAUCAUUGAGAAGGUUUUUGCAAAGGAAGGAGAAUUUGAGCAUAUGCAUGACGACUGUGAUUCCAGUAAUGAAGAAGAAGAAGAGCAAGACCACAGCCAGAGCAAGAAGAUUACUACAGAUUUACCCAAAAUAAACGGUUGUGAUUUAAAACAAAGGACUAAUGCAUCAGAUAGUGGCAAAAAAAAUCGCAACAAAAAACAAAACUCUCAAGUUCAAUCAUCGCAAAAAGUUGCAUCAUCCACGCAGUGCACAGAUUCCACGGAAGACAAGACGUCGAAUAUCAAGGUCAGUGGAUACCUGAACCUGUUGGCUAAUGUCAUCGACAACUUUACCCAUGGGCUGGCGGUGGGGGGCAGCUUUCUGGUCAGCAACAAGGUUGGUUUUAUAACCACACUGGCCAUCCUUCUACAUGAGAUUCCCCAUGAGGUCGGAGAUUUUGCUAUACUGCUGCGGUCAGGUUUCGACAGGUGGAAAGCUGCGAAGGCUCAGAUGAUGACAGCAUCUGGAGGAAUUUUGGGAGUUAUUGCAGCAUUGACUGCCGAGUCAGCAGAAUCUGCUGGAGAAAACACAGCCUGGAUUCUUCCUUUCACUUCCGGAGGAUUUAUUUACAUCGCCUUGGUUACAGUUGUUCCAGAUCUUCUGGACGAAAAACAUGCGUUGGAGUCAUUGAAGCAGAUUGUGUGUCUGUGUGGUGGGGUGGCGGCCAUGUUGUUAGUGAGCCUCAUUCACUGAUCUCGGACUUCUACCACUGUCACAUUGAACUCUCCUUGCCACUGUCAAAGAGCUCAGGAAAAAAGGGUCCAGUCUGCAUGUUGAAACACAGUUGUAUUACCUGUAAUCUUUCCAGAAAGAUUUCAUAUCAAGGGUUAUCUGUUUUUGAAUUUGCAUUUUAGGGGAUGUAUGUGUACAUGUUUAUAAAAAUCUAAAGGUUUGUCCUUUAUAAAUUUUUUGUCUGAAAUAUUUAACAUUAUUUUUUCUUUUCCUGUACAUUGCAAGACAAUAUUUUUGCUAAUGAAUAAGAUAUUUUUUGAUAAACGAUCAAAUAUAUUUACCAGUUUUCAUGGUACCUGACAUGUAUAGCAUGUUACAUUUAUGAUAAUGGUGCAGGUAUGUCUUUUGUGUCAAUUUUUGCCAAAAUUUUUGUGAUACCUGUGAAUGUGAUUAGCAACAUUCAGAUAUCUUUAUAGGUCAUUGUCGAGUAGAGUAUUAUAUGCCAGUAUAUUUUUAUAUAAUGUACAUUUUGGAAGUUUUAGCCUUACUUCAAAGAAGAAGGGUGUGUGUUUUUGAAGCUGCUUAUCUCAAUAAGUCCAAACUUUGGGAAAAAGCAAUGAUUCAAUUCUGAGAAGCAAUUCGAUAUAAGCAUUUCACUAUUGCAUCAUGGUCAUAAAAAGGUUAAUUAUUACAUUUUGGCAAGGAUGACCGCAAAUCCAUGCCUUUCAGAGAUUGCGGGUCAUUGAUUUAAGUAUGUAGAUUCAUUAAAACUUUUAAGGGUUACAUUUCUGUAGAAAUUUUAUUU